GGCGGCCCCGGGCUCAUGGAGGCGCCGGAGCGGGCGGGUGGCGGGGAGCCCCCUGAGCCCGGCGGGCGGCCGGGGCUAGGCCCGCGGGCCUUCGUCCCGCAGAAGGAGAUCGUGUACAACAAGCUUCUGCCGUACGCCGAGCGGCUAGACGCCGAAUCCGAUGUGCAGCUGGCGCAGAUCAAGAGCAACCUGGGCCGGGCUGUGCAGCUUCAGGAGCUGUGGCCCGGGGGCCUCUUCUGGACCCGGAAACUCUCCACGUAUAUCCGACUUUAUGGGAGAAAAUUUAGCAAAGAAGAUCAUGUUCUUUUUAUUAAGUUAUUGUACGAGCUGGUAUCAAUUCCAAAACUUGAAAUCAGCAUGAUGCAGGGAUUUGCCCGUCUCUUGAUCAACUUAUUAAAGAAAAAGGAGCUUCUCUCAAGAGAUGAUUUAGAGUUACCUUGGAGACCACUUUAUGACAUGGUGGAAAAAAUAUUAUAUUCCAAGACAGAGCACCUGGGAUUAAAUUCAUUUCCUAAAAACAUUGUUCCCUUCAUCUUGAGAGAUUACAAGAAUCACAAAAGGUCACUAUACAGAUAUCACAGUUCUGUAGAAAAUGUUCUCAAAACACUCGUGAAAAGCUGCCGACCAUAUUUUCCAGCAGAUGCAACAGCAGAAAUGUUAGAGGAAUGGCGGCCUUUAAUGUGUCCUUUUGAUGUAACAAUGCAAAAGGCCAUCACUUAUUUUGAAAUAUUUCUUCCUACCUCCCUUCCUCCAGAAAUGCAUCAUAAAGGUUUUAAACUUUGGUUUGAUGAAUUAAUUGGCCUUUGGGUUUCAGUGCAGAAUCUCCCACAGUGGGAGGGGCAAUUAGUAAAUCUCUUUGCUCGAUUGGCUACAGAUAAUAUAGGGUACAUAGAUUGGGAUCCAUAUGUACCAAAGAUAUUUACAAGAAUUCUGAGAAGCCUGAACCUCCCAGUGGGAAGCAGUCAAGUGUUAGUCCCAAGAUUUUUAACAAAUGCUUAUGAUAUAGGACAUGCUGUAAUAUGGAUCACUGCAAUGAUGGGUGGACCAAGUAAAUUAGUACAAAAACAUUUAGCUGGUUUGUUUAAUAGCAUCACAUCUUUUUAUCAUCCUUCAAAUAAUGGGCGUUGGCUGAACAAGUUAAUGAAACUCCUUCAGCGGUUGCCAAACAGCGUUGUUAGGAGAUUACAUCGGGAAAGAUAUAAGAAGCCCUCCUGGUUAACUCCUGUGCCUGAGAGCCAUAAGCUUACUGAUCAAGAUGUUACAGACUUUGUACAGUGCAUUAUUCAGCCUGUCCUUUUGGCUAUGUUUAGCAAAACUGGUAGUCUAGAAGCAGCCCAGGCUCUGCAGAACCUUGCACUCAUGAGACCUGAGUUAGUAAUACCUCCUGUGCUUGAAAGAACAUACCCUGCUUUAGAGACAUUGACAGAACCUCACCAGCUCACAGCUACUUUAAGUUGUGUAAUUGGAGUAGCCCGAAGUUUGGUAUCAGGUGGCAAAUGGUUUCCCGAAGGUCCAACACACAUGCUACCUCUGUUGAUGAGAGCAUUGCCUGGGGUGGAUCCAAAUGACUUUAGUAAAUGCAUGAUCACAUUCCAAUUUAUAGGAACAUUUUCUACUCUGGUGCCUUUAGUAGAUUGUUCAUCUGUACUGCAAGAAAGAAACGACCUCACAGAAAUUGAAAAAGAACUUUGUUCAGCCACAGCUGAGUUCGAGGAUUUCGUCUUACAAUUUAUGGACAGAUGCUUUGGACUAAUAGAAAGUAGCACAUUGGAGCAAACAAGAGAAGAGACAGAAACUGAGAAAAUGACUCACUUGGAGAGUUUGGUUGAAUUAGGUUUGUCUUCUACGUUUAGUACAAUCCUCACACAAUGUUCUAAAGAAAUAUUUAUGGUGGCCCUUCAGAAAGUCUUUAACUUUUCUGUUUCGCAUAUAUUUGAAACAAGAGUUGCAGGUCGCAUGGUGGCAGACAUGUGCCGUGCUGCUGUAAAGUGCUGCCCAGAAGAGUCCUUGAAGCUGUUUGUUCCCCACUGCUAUGGUGUUAUAACUCAGCUUACAAUGAAUGAUGAUGUACUGAAUGAAGAAGAGCUAGACAAGGAGUUGCUGUGGAACCUUCAGCUUCUGUCUGAGAUUACGCGGGUGGAUGGGAAGAAGUUGCUUCUAUAUAGGGAGCAACUUGUGAAGAUUCUGCAGCGAACCCUCCACCUGACCUGUAAGCAGGGAUACAUACUGUCUUGCAACCUUCUGCACCAUCUCCUUCGUUCUACCACACUAAUCUAUCCCACAGAGUACUGCAGUGUGCCAGGCGGCUUUAACAAGCCACCUUCUGAAUACUUCCCUAUCAAGGACUGGGGUAAACCUGGAGAUUUGUGGAAUUUAGGGAUCCAGUGGCAUGUUCCUUCUUCAGAGGAAGUCUCUUUCGCCUUCUAUUUGUUAGACUCCUUUCUUCAGCCUGAGCUCAUCAAACUCCAGUGUUGUGGGGAUGGAGAACUUGAAAUGUCUAGAGAUGAUAUUCUACAGAGUCUGACUAUAGUCCACAACUGCUUGAUUGGCUCAGGGAACCUCCUACCUCCAUUGAAAGGAGAGCCAGUUACCAACUUGGUACCAAGUAUGGUGUCCUUAGAGGAAACAAAAUUGUAUACCGGACUGGAGCAUGACCUAUCUCGAGAGAACCACCGAGAAGCAAUUGCUAGUGUCAUACGGAAACUUCUUAACCACAUACUUGAUAAUUCAGAAGAUGAUACCAAAUCAUUGUUUCUCAUCAUAAAGAUUAUUGGAGACCUUCUGCAAUUCCAAGGAUCUCAUAAACAUGAAUUUGACUCCCGAUGGAAAAGCUUUAACUUAGUAAAGAAAUCAAUGGAAAAUCGGCUCCAUGGAAAAAAGCAACAUAUCAGAGCACUACUAAUUGACAGAGUGAUGCUGCAGCAUGAGUUGCGAACACUAACUGUUGAGGGUUGUGAGUAUAAAAGAAUACAUCAAGAUAUGAUCAGAGAUCUUCUUCGAUUAUCAACAAGUUCAUACAGUCAGGUCAGAAACAAGGCUCAGCAAACAUUUUUUGCUGCUUUGGGAGCAUAUAACUUCUGUUGCAGAGAUAUCAUCCCUUUGGUUUUAGAGUUUUUACGGCCUGAUAGACGGGAUGUCACACAGCAGCAGUUCAAGGGCGCCUUAUAUUGUCUACUUGGAAAUCAUAGUGGCGUGUGCCUGGCAAACCUUCAUGAUUGGGACUGUAUUGUGCAGACUUGGCCAGCACUUGUUUCUUCAGGGCUUAGCCAAGCAAUGUCAUUGGAAAAGCCAUCAAUAGUGAGACUGUUUGAUGACCUUGCAGAAAAGAUUCAUAGGCAAUAUGAAACAAUUGGCUUAGACUUCACAAUUCCAAAGCCAUGUGCUGCAAUAGCAGAAUUACUUGAACAAUCAAAGAAUCCUUCUAUUAGCCAGACGCUACUUAGCCCAGAAAAGAUUAAAGAAGGACAGAAGCGCCAACAGGAAAAGAAUGCCGAUGCCCUAAGAAACUAUGAAAGUUUGGUAAACACUUUACUAGAUGGUGUGGAGCAAAGAAAUCUGCCUUGGAAAUUUGAGCAUAUAGGCAUCGGGCUUCUGUCUCUACUCCUAAGGGACGACAGAGUGUUGCCUCUUCGUGCCAUACGAUUUUUUGUUGAAAAUCUCAACCAUGAUGCAAUCGUUGUUCGAAAGAUGGCUAUUUCAGCUGUUGCUGGUAUUCUCAAGCAGCUAAAGAGAACUCACAAAAAGCUGACCAUCAACCCUUAUGAAAUCAGUGGAUGUCCUAAACCCACCAAAAUUCUUGCUGGCGAUAGACCUGAUAAUCAUUGGUUACAUUAUGAUAGCAAAAAUAUACCAAGAACGAAAAAGGAAUGGGAGUCAAGUUGCUUUGUUGAAAAAACUCACUGGGGAUACUACAACUGGCCAAAGAAUAUGGUUGUGUAUGCCGGUGUGGAGGAGCAGCCUAAGCUUGGCAGAAGCAGGGAGGAUAUGACAGAGGCAGAACAGAUUGUGUAUGAUCAUUUUUCUGACCCCAAGUUUGUCGAGCAGUUGAUUACUUUUCUAUCUUUAGAAGACAGAAAAGGAAGAGAUAAGUUUAGUCCUCGGCGUUUUUGCCUCUUUAAGGGUAUAUUUAGAAAUUUUGAUGAUGCCUUUCUGCCUGUUCUAAAGCCCCAUUUAGAACGUUUGGUUGCAGAUUCUCAUGAAAGUACCCAGAGAUGUGUUGCAGAAAUUAUAGCUGGUUUAAUCAGAGGUUCUAAGCAUUGGACAUUUGAGAAGGUGGAGAAGCUUUGGGAGCUCCUAUGCCCACUGCUGAGAACAGCGCUGUCCAACAUGACAGUGGAGACAUACAACGACUGGGGAACCUGCAUAGCCACAUCAUGUGAAAGCAGAGAUCCCCGGAAGCUUCAUUGGCUUUUUGAGUUGCUCUUGGAGUCACCAUUGAGUGGUGAAGGGGGGUCCUUUGUAGAUGCAUGCCGACUCUAUGUGCUACAAGGUGGUCUUGCCCAGCAAGAAUGGAGAGUCCCGGAGCUAUUACACAGACUUCUGAAGUACUUGGAACCAAAACUCACCCAGGUUUACAAAAAUGUCAGAGAAAGAAUAGGGAGUGUGCUGACCUACAUAUUCAUGAUAGAUGUUUCUUUGCCAAAUACUGCACCAACAACAUCCCCUUGUAUCCCUGAGUUUACUGCUCGAGUCCUAGAAAAACUGAAACCCCUCACUGAUGUGGAUGAAGAAAUUCAGAACCAUGUUAUGGAAGAAAAUGGUGUUGGCGAAGAAGAUGAACGAACUCAGGGCAUUAAACUCUUAAAAACCAUAUUGAAAUGGCUUAUGGCAAGUGCAGGAAGAUCUUUUUCUACAGCAGUCAAAGAACAACUUCAGCUUCUGCCUUUGUUCUUUAAGAUCGCCCCAGUGGAAAAUGACAAUAGCUAUGAUGAACUGAAAAGAGAUGCAAAGCUUUGUUUGUCACUAAUGUCUCAGGGGUUGCUCUACCCUCAUCAAGUGCCUUUGGUACUUCAGGUGCUAAACCAAACAGCAAGAAGCAGUUCUUGGCAUGCAAGAUAUACAGUGCUGACCUACCUCCAGACCAUGGUAUUUUAUAACCUCUUUAUUUUCCUAAACAAUGAAGAUGCAGUUAAAGACAUCAGAUGGCUGAUUAUAUGCCUUUUGGAGGAUGAACAGUUAGAGGUUCGAGAAAUGGCUGCUACCACCUUAAGUGGUCUGCUACAGUGUAACUUCCUUACCAUGGACAGUGCCAUGCAGAUUCAUUUUGAGCAACUUUGCAAAACAAAACUACCCAAGAAAAGAAAGCGAGACCCUGGAUCUGUGGGAGAUACCAUUCCUUCUGCAGAGUUGGUCAGACGUCAUGCUGGUGUUCUUGGACUUGGUGCAUGUGUUCUUUCUAGCCCUUAUGAUGUUCCCACCUGGAUGCCCCAGCUCCUUAUGAAUCUCAGUGCACAUUUGAAUGAUCCCCAGCCUAUUGAGAUGACUGUAAAGAAGACUCUGUCCAAUUUCCGAAGGACACACCAUGACAACUGGCAAGAACACAAGCAGCAGUUCACUGACGAUCAGCUGCUUGUCCUCACUGACCUCCUUGUGUCACCGUGCUAUUAUGCAUAGAGGAUGACUAGUCCUGAUUUGGGGCUCAAUUCAUCAAAAAUUCCAGAUCCUCAGGUACCAUCUGUGGUGACUCUCCAGGUCUCACGACUCAGCCUCUGUUGAGCUCUCAUCAUUUUAGUGGCUUCUGUGUUUGGCCUCCUUAGUCUCUAUUCACAGGUUCUCAGCUGCCAUUUGAUUCCCUAACUUGCCCUGAAGUGUUCCCAGAAUACUGAUCACUUUUUCUUUGAGACAUAUGACAAAGUCACAAAGUCUCAGACUAGAAAUAAUCCAGUAUGAUCAUGGCAUCAUGACCAAACAGUCUAGAAACUUGUUGAAAAAACAAAACCAUUUCCUUGAAUGGAGAAUGCUCAUCAGUAAUGUGAGUCCUGUCAUUUCAUUCAUCUCAAAUUAUUUUGAAUUCUUCUUCAAAGGCUGUUGGUUUGUUCAGUGGUAGUAGGCCAUGGGCCAUGAAUCUGAAGUCUGCACAGCCUUGGGACUGGAGAGCCAUGAAGAGAAAAGGAUCAAAGGGGGCAAGUCUCAGAGUUAACCUAUGACCUGACAGAUUGACCACAAUGCAGAAGUCUGUGUCUGUGUCCCCACAGACUGGAGUUUUUGGUGCUGAAUAAGAGCCAAUUGCUGAAAAAUUGGGGGUCUGGUGAAUAAAUUUCAGAGUGAUUUGUAUGUGUAUUCAGUGUGUGAUUUUAAAAAUAAAAACAACAUCAAUAAA